AUGAGCGAGGCAGACGGAACUGGUGAACAAGAGCUACUUGACAAGGCUGAGGCGUUUGUGAGAGCACACAUGGCGGGAUACGAUCCGUCGCAUGAUUGGCCUCAUGUCGAUCGAGUCAGAAGACUUGCAAUGAGAAUUGCGAAAACCUUGAACCCUCAACCUGAUUUGUUAGUAGUGGAAUUAGCAGCUUUGUUCCAUGAUUUAGACGAUAAAUAUCGUACCCUCUCUUCACCAACCCUAUCUUCUCUCCUCUCACCAUUCCUCUCUCACCCGUCUCUCUCCCCCAAACAAGCCGACCUCAUCCUCCAAAUUAUACCGUCCGUAUCGUAUACAUCGGAGCUCAAAUUAACCAAGAACGGUGAAUGGACCUGGCAAUCUAGUUGUGCAGAGUUACACGCGGUUCAAGAUUCGGAUAGGCUAGAUGCAGUAGGUUCAGUGGGGAUAAUGAGGUGCGCAGCAUUCAGCUGUAAAGUCAAUCGAAAACUUGUGGAAGAUUCCGAAGGAGGAGAAUCGGCAGAAGGGCAUUUCGAGGUGAAAUUGCUAAGGAUCAGAGAUAGAAUGAAGACACCUUUUGGAAAAGAAGAAGCUGAAAGAAGACAUCAGACUAUGGUAAAUUUCCUGUCUUCCCUUUCGAGAGAGAGAGAGUUACUACAGUGA